CAGGAUCAAAACUGAAAGCAAUUGGUCCUCUCUUACAUAUGGUUCUUGAUCAAUGUGGGCAAGAAAUAUUAGGAGGCCAAAGUAGUAUCAAGUUAAAAACUCCUUUCAUUCCUAGCAGCAAAAUGAAUAUGCAACAUGUCCUACCUCCGCAACAAGUUAUUUUCGCCACUGCAUAUGAGCAUGAAUUUUACACAAAACUUACAAGCUCCAAAACAGAAAGCAGCCUAAGAAUUUUUUAAAUUAAAAGAGUAUGGGUAGAUCAGAGAACGUUGGCGCUAUCUAUGAACCCAGGCGGUUGGAUUCACCCCUGUGUAAUGGAUUGUUAUGGGAUGUUAACUACAACCGAGCCGCUUCAUCGUAGAAAAGAAGGAAAAAUUGGUGACAAAGAAAUCCUAAUGCAUGUCGUCAUAAAAGAAGUCACGAAAUUACUGAUGGACCCCAACCCCAACCUGGAUUGUUCUGAUCCAGAAUAUAAAAAGAUUUUCUCACUAGAUUAUGUUGGCUACAGAUUGGAAAACGCAGGAUUGGUACACAUUCCAUGUCCAAUUGGGAAAGAGUGGAUACUUAUUGUCGCAAACUUCAUCGAUAAAUCAUUCGAUGUAUUAAAUCCUGAUUCCGGAGUAGGAAAGUUCUCCACAGUAGUUGACACUGUGAUAUUCAAUUUCAAACAAUUAUUUGUCAAAUGUUACCCUGGUUGCUUCAAGUUCAACAUACAUGACUUUAGUGUUAAAUAUGUUCAUGCUCCUAAACAAAACUUUAGGUAUGACUCAGUAAUUUUUGUAAUCCAAUACAUGAGAUGCUACAAUGGAGUUGAAGUAAAACAAUUCUCAAAUGUUGACUUGCAAGAAAUCCGUGAAAAAGUCUCAUGCUAGCUAGUGAUAAACAAA